AUCAAAGCAUCAAAUAAAGACUAAAGCCACCUCCCAACUCGGGCAAUUCCCCAAUUCCCCAGUUCAUCAAAAUCAACAACAAACCACAAAUAAAAGAAAACCCCAAUUUCCCUUUCCUUUCUCCCCCCCUCCUCUCUCUCUCUCUCUCUCUCUCUCUCUCUCUCUCUCUACUUGUGAUGGAGGAUUAUAGAUCUAAGUCAUGGAGGGAAGAUAGGAUGCAGAUAGAGAGCUACUAUGGAGGUAGACCAGCUCCAACUAGCAUGAAUGAUCUGAGGAGUUACAGUACUUCUUAUGCUUCAUCUUCACAGCCACCACCUCAGAUGGGAAAGGAGGUGAAGAUGAAGAAAGGGAAGAGCAGUGUGGGGUCCACUUCAAAGAAUUGGAGCCUGAGUGAUCCAGAGUUGCAGAGGAAGAAGAGGGUUGCUAGCUAUAAGGUCUAUUCAGUGGAGGGUAAGAUGAAGGGUUCUCUGAGGAAGAGCUUCAGGUGGAUCAAGGACACUUACACCCAAGUGGUCUAUGGAUGGAGCCAUUGAUUUCAAAACAGCCAUUGGUCUUUAUUGCAUGUGAAUUCGAUUGCUCGACUCCAGCUAAAACUCCUUGUACAACUAUAUGACAUUGGAAGAAAUUAUUUGUUAUCUUUAAGGCUCAGUGUUGACAUAUGGGAGGCCCUAGGGGUCCAAAAAUUUUGUUAAGCCUCUAUCCCUUCUAUAUAUAUAUUUAUAUACAAUCCAUUUAAAUGUUAUAGUUUGGUUUCCUGUGGUUUGAGUUUCUAAA